GGCGAUCUUGGAUCGAUCUUUGGAAGAUCGAUCUUUUUCGUUUCGAUUUCCGAUUUUUUGGAUCGAUUCUUUGUACCUAGAAAAAUCGAAAAGAUCGAUCUUUUGCCUUCGAUUUUUUCGAUCUUACAAAAAAUUUUUUCCAGCGUGCAUCGAUUUUAAUCUUACCACCUCACCAAUUUUAUAAACAUAAUAUCAACAUUUGGAUCACUUUCGAGAAUGUCAUAUUGGUGGUAGUGAAUCUAGGUGAAGCAACUGUGUAUGUUUGGUCAUUACGAGUGUUACACUAUCGCAUACUCUAGACAAAUAGUGGAAAUCGUGACGAAAUUAGUUACGCUCAUUUCUUUUAAUACUACGCAGUUGUCCAGUUGCAUCAUCUCACUUCUGUUAUUAUUCCUACCUAUUCCUUUGGUUUGACAGAUUUCUUGGCGGGAACAAAUAAAAGCGACAGUGUAACGUUUUUUUCUCAUGCAGACAGAAGCUGUGUUUUCGUUUGUUCGUUGUGCGUACAUAUUAAGAUUCGAGUUUUUACCGGGUUUUAGUCAACUUUUCUCUUUUUGCUCUAGUGCACAUACAUGUUGUUUGUGUUAUCUAGCAAAGUUUGUUUUUGAAGCAUGGCUCCACGAAGUAAUAUUUGGACAUUUUUCGUCAAAAAUCCCAACUCGAGUGUAUGCAAAAAUUGUGGAUCAAUCGUUAAGACAAGUGGAAACACCAAAAAUCUUUGGAACCACAUCAACAGACAUCAUCCUCAGCUGCUUCAGUCUGAAAAAAAAACCACCGACGAUUCUGUUCCAGAUGCACGAGAAUCAAACUCAAAGGUUACAAAGAAAACGGUUGCUCAAAAUCAUGUUGAAGAACCUGCUGGUAUUGACCUUGAAAAUAAUCAUGUUAAUUUGAAUCAUACCAUUAAGGAAUCAUUUACGCGGAUGUUGAGUUUUAAAGAACAUGGAGGAAUGACAAUUCAAAUUAAUGAAGCGUUGUUAUAUAUGAUUGCCAGAGACAACCUUCCUUUGAGAACAGUUGAACGAGACGGAUUUCUACAUUUUUGUAAAAUAGCGCUUCCACUCUACAAGCCCCCGAGUAGAAAAAAACUCACUGAGAUGAUUGAUUCUAAAUACAAAAUUCUGAGUGGAGUUGUAAGAAGUGCUCUCUCUGAGGCCGAGUGGUGUUCUUUGACGGCAGAUAUAUGGACAGAUACAGGAAGUAAUCAAAGCUAUCUAGGUGUUACGGCACACUAUCUAGAAGGAACUGACAUGAAAGCAGUUGCUCUCACCGCCUGCCCCCUCGAUCAAGCACACACAAAGGUAUAUCUUGCGAGAUUACUAAAAGAACUUUGUUUUGAAUGGGGUAUUGAUCUACACAAGGUAUCCGUCAUAGUAACGGAUGGGGGCGCCAACAUUGUGGCAGCCGGGAAAGACGUCUUUGGAGAUGCAAGACAUGUUAUUUGCGUGGACCACAGCUUGAGUCGUAUAACCACUGUAGCCAUCGAACAAUCACCACUUUUUGAAAGCCUUCUGACAAAAAUUCGAUCCAUCGUAACAUUUUUCAAAAAAUCUGUUAAUGCUGCGGAUGAGCUUCGGACCUUACAGCGCAAGGAGCUGAGUUCAGAAGCAGACAUAUUGAAGCUAAUCAAAGAUGAGCCAACAAGAUGGGGUAGUAAUUUUGCAAUGCUGGAGCGCUUCAUUAAGCUUGCAGACAAAGUCAGUUUGAUUCUUUUAAGAUUCACUUCCGUGCAAAUGCUGACGGGAUCAGAACUAGCGGCAGCUACUGAGGGACGCAAUCUACUGCAACCAGUGGCUCAUACGAUCACUGAACUGGAAGCAGAAACGUCUUCUCUCUCAGGGAAGAUAAUCCCAAUGUUGAAAAAUCUAAGAAAGAAAAUUGAUUCAAUGUGCCCCACCACAGAACCAGUAAAACAAUUGAAGGCGAUGUUUCUGGUGCAACAUGAACGAAAAUUCAAAAAUAUUGAAUCGGUAGAUACAUUUGCCAUAGCUACUUUACUAGACCCUCGUUUUAAGACGGUCUAUUUAAGCCCAUCAGCACACGCUGAGGCAUUGCAAUAUGUUUCCGAUAUAGUUGAGACUGAAAACAUAAAACCAUCAACGGUUCCACAGGCAAUUUCAACGCCAUUAGUCUUUGAACAUGGAUCUAGUAAUUUGUGGGAGUACCAUAAUGAAAUGGUACGCGAAUCGUUGGAUAAUCAAGAAUCUAAUCCCUCUGGAGAUAUUACCGGAGAACUUCGGAAUUUCCUACAUCAGAAGAUUGUAACACUAGAUUCAAAUCCUUUGACUAUAUGGGAUUCGAUCAAAAGCGAGUAUCCUACAUUAUAUCCGAUAGCUCGAAAAUAUCUCAGUCGAAUGGUGACAUCAGUUCCAGCCGAAAGGUUAUUUUCGAGAACUGGUGCUACAGCCAUGAAUCGGUUUCGACUGAAUGCGAGACGUAUGGCACGCUUGGCUUUUAUGGGAUCGUUAUCUGCUGAGUUCUGGGCCAAUACCAGCAGUUAAAUUACUAUAUAUUCCUUUUCAAUCAAUUCAUUUAAUUAAGUGAUUCCAUGACGGUACACAAAUGCUCUUUAAAAUGCUAUUUUUCUGGAUUUUGAAAUUUUAAGAACUUUAUGCGUAGAAAAAAAAUAAAAUACUGUUGAUGUUUCAAUAGAAAUAUAAUUUUUCCGAUUUUUUGUUUAAAGAAUAAACAACGCUCAAAUGAAU